CUUUGUGUCGUUACAAUAAACUUUGUGUACAGUGCUAUGAUUGUAGUUUGAUUUAAACAUUAAAGCAGGAACUUAAAAACCCUCAAAUAACAAUAAUGAAAAUUUAAAUGCAAAAGUAAGAGGAAUAUAUAUGAACCAAAGCAAUUUGAGACAUCUCCAGGACAGAAUGAUGUUUUGGAUAUUUGUUUUGCUCUGCUUGGCCCGAUCAUGUAAGGGAGUCUUCAUAAACGGAUUGGACUGUAAUCUGAAUUGUGUGUGCUGUAAGGGAGGAGUAGAUCGAUGUGGAUAUAAUAUAUUUGCAAAUGAAGGCAAUUUUUGUUUUAAUGGCUGUGUUGACGGCAUAUUCGGCAACACAUGUCACAAUGCCUGUCAUGGUAACUGUUCUACGUGUAAUCAAGCAGUUGGUAGACCAUGUUACAGCUGCAAGGCUAAAUUUUAUGAUACAUACAGUCUGUGUAGCAAGAGAUGCUCAGUCGGAUGUUAUGGAGGAGUCUGUAAUGACGAUGGAACAUGUAGUCCAUGUUUAUCAAACUUCGAAGGAAAAGAAUGUGAGACAUGUAUACAAGGAAAAUAUGGGUCAGAUUGUACACUAGAUUGCACUCAUCAGAACUGCCGAUGUUCGACUGGAACUGAUUGUACUUCUUGUAAAAUGGGGUUCUACGGUAGAAGUACCUUCUGUCAAACAUCUUGUUCCCCGGGAUGUCUAGAUGGCGUUUGCAAUGAUAAGGGUAGUUGCAUAUGCCGAGCUGAGUUUACGGGAAUUACAUGCAGUGGAUGUCAGCCAGGACAUUAUGGGGCAUACUGCAAUAUAUCCUGUUCUGUAGGAAAUUGUCAGCAAGGGGAUUCAAAAACGAGCUGUAAUAUCGAUGGCGACUGUUUAUAUGGCUGCAUCAAUGACCUUGGAGGCAAAGAUUGUUCAGAAAGACGAAUUUACAUUGGCUCUCCCACAAAUGUUGCAACCGCAGCUUUAUCUGGAGUUUUUGGCAUUUUACUUAUUUGUACUGCUGCUGGUUGCUAUCUGUGGAACAGACGAAGGUCAUCACCAUCAGUUUCAGAACAGGAAAAUCAGCGUGAAACCGUAAUGACCUACGAACAGCUUCAAAGACAGACUAACUAACCAACAUACAAGAAUGUUGACGAAAAUUAUUCUGUUCUUUCAACGUAGAUGUUCGAAACACUGUGUCAUUUUUAUGCGAUUAGAGAUGUUACGACAGUUUUGUAACAAUAACAUAAUCAGGUUUAUGUUGACAUCUCAUACUUGU